ACACUCUAUUUCCUUUGGACGUGACCGGUUUAAUGCUCUGCAGAUUUUCUACAUGAACUGUGACAGUUUCUCUCCUUUAGUUCAAAAUGGUUUGACCUAACUGUGUAAAUUCAUUGAGAGUAGGGCCCUGUAUGUUGCUGUAUACCGCUUACUGGUUUGGCAAACCCCGGACCGUUCGCUUUGGGGCUUCUGUCUGUUGAAGGAAUUUGAUGAAGAAAAACUGUUGGUAUUUGCAUAUUUCUGUCGAGCUUCGAACGAUCACAAGCAAUGGUUGACUCACAAUGUCUGUUGAAGUUACAAGUUCUUUAAACCAGGCCUCUGCUGUUGCAAUGUCGCCAAUCACAAACUACCCUCAGUCACCUGGUGGUGGAGGAACAGAGUCCUUUAGCUCUCGUUCUAAACGGGCAGCUUCUCCACAACGAGUCAGCAAUGGAUAUGCCUCUCCCAAAUCAAACUCAAUCUUGUCACCAAGAAAGUCAUCCAAGAGGUUCUUCCGAAGACCCACCCUUGAUAAGAACCAGUCUUCUGACUGUUUAACACAAGGCAAUGAAAAGAAAAAGCAAUCAAAUUCUCAUCCGCGAGUUGAAAUUAUUUACAAAGAUGCUUCAUCAGAAAAUGAAUCUGAUAAAGAGACAAUGGUAUCGUCUUUAAAGAAGGCAUUUGAAGCAGAUGGAACACCUUGUCUGAAAACACAAUCUAGUAAUUCUGAAGAUGGAUUACCGGCAGCUCUCUUAGAAGAAUCUACCUCUCAUUGUCUUGAUGUGAAUAUGAAUCGUAUAUCCACAGCCUCAGGAUCUAGUCACACUGAAAGGGUUGUCCAGGAAAUUGUUCUCACUGAGCAAGCUUAUGUUUCACAUUUACAAGAGAUCAUUGAGGGCUAUAUGAAGAAAAUGAGAAAUGAAAAAUCUCCAUUCUCAGAGCAAGAUAUCAAAGAUUUAUUUAUGAACAUUGAAGAAAUAUAUGAAUUUAACAAAUCAUUUCUAGAUGAACUGGAAAUCUGUGGAGAUGAUCCAGUGGAAGUAGCAAAUCUAUUUGUAUCCAAGGAAAAAGGCUUUGUAACAUAUACAGAAUACUGUACAAAUUAUCCAACUUCUAUGGAAGUACUAACAAAGUCUACACAGAAAAAAGAGACUGCUGAAUUUAUAAAGAAAAUUCAGGUUGAAUUGGGCCAUUCUCUUCCUCUUGGGUCAUACUUGUUAAAACCUGUACAAAGAAUUCUAAAAUAUCACCUUUUGCUGCAGGAUAUUCAAAAGCAUUUUGACAAAGAAAAUGAUCCUGAAGGUUAUGAUGUAAUAUCUGAGGCCCUAUCUGCCAUGACUGGAGUAGCUCACCACAUUAAUGAAAUGAAAAGACAACAUGAAGUAGCAGUUCAUGUGCAGGAAAUCCAAAGUCAGAUGUGUGACUUUGAGGGUCCUGAUCUUACCACUUAUGGUAGUCUAGUUUUAGAGGACACCUUUCGAAUGCAUGGAACCAGAACAGAUAGAUAUCUUUUUCUCUUCGAGCAAAUCCUUCUCAUCACAAAACGGAAAGAAAAUGGCUACUCUUGUAAAGCUACACUUAUGCUGUCGAACAUGAUGAUGCUUGAAUCAGUACCCAAGGAACCGUUAGCAUUCCAGAUAAUACGAUUUGAUAACCAGAAAAUAACCUAUACGUUUUUGGCGAGGAACAAAGAUCAGAAACGCCAGUGGAUGUUAGAGUUGAAGAGACUGAUCGUUGAUAGUCUUUCUGCACAGGUUCCCACGAAGGCUAAAAAUCUCAUUCUCGGAAAGAAAAGUGUUGGAGAAACAAAAGAACUAGGUACUGAAGGGAAGAAAAGAUCUUCAUCCAUGGACAACAAACUAAACAGAGGGACGCAACUUAAAGGGUCUUCUGGAUUUACAGGAAUGAAGCGGGAAAAAGUAAGCGUUAAAUCAGAUGACGAGAGCGAACCCAGAUCUCCAUCAGAAGCGUAUUCUUCGGACGAUGACAAGAAACGUCUCCGUUCGCAUUCGUCCGUCAGUGACAAGGAAGAAAGCUUAGACGAAUGUGAAGAACCAGUAGAGGAAAAGCGACAGGAGUCUGAUCACAGGAUUUCAACUCCAAUAAAUGAAAGUAGUGAGGAUGAAGCAGAGGAAAAGUUCCCUAAUAGCGAGGAAACUGUAGCACAGCCAAGAACAUACUCAGUUAAAGACUCUCAAGGGGAAGUGUUGGGAACGGCAACUACUGAAGGAGUCGGCUUUGUAUCUCAGAUUAAGAACAAUCAACAAAGUGAGGCAGAGGUUGCCAAAAUAUCGCGCGAAAGCGUUACCGCGUCAAGCGUCAUAAGGCAACGCCCCAGUAGCUUCUCCAGCUCGGAUUCUGUCAAAGAGUCACGCAAAAGAAAAAGUGUGACUAGAAAUGGGUCCUUUAACAGUAACGCCUCCUGUGAAGUGGGUAGCUUUGCGCACCCGUCCUCUGAUAGCCCAAGCCAAAUAAGGCGGUCCUCAAACGGUGUCCGACUAUUGGAAGCUCGGCGAAGCCUUGAAAAAUCUUCGUCUGCUUUAGACUUACGUGACGUAGACGAAGACUCGGCGUCAGUGUUUAGCCAUGGCGACAUAGAGAAUUUCAGGGAGUAUUCAGCAAUACAGACUACUGUGAGAAAAGUAAGCCGAGCGUUCAGUGGCUCUUCUCCACCUGACAAAACCUCUCCAAGCGAGAACCAGAUGCGUACCGCGCAGACACACUACAUCGUGGAAUCUCGCAAUACCCCGGAUAAAGACUCUUCUCUCUCGAGCUCAGACUCCACACAGCAAAACUUGGAAGAGCUACUUGCUUCCAUCGACCGCGACUUGGAUGAGACACGUCGCACAAUUUCUUGCGCGCAACUGUUAGAAUCUGCUCUUCUUAUUAAGAAUGACGGCAGAUUAGAGACUACGUUCACGAACAGUCUUACGCGUAAAAGGCGUCCUCGGAUUAUCGACUUUACAACUGAAAAGAUUGAGUCCCAGGUAGAUGAAUCUAGGAGUUCUUUUUCUGACGAGCGAAAUGGAAGGAGUGAACAAUCCGAACACGAAAACCGUCUGCGUGGUGAUGCAUACAAGAACACUUCAGUUUAUUCCGAACAUGAAAGAGAAUUUAACUCUUCAGAAGGAAAAAAUGGUAAAGAAAAGCAAGAGUUGUCAGUUUCUAACGAGAUUGAACAAUCACAGGCUUCUGCUCUUUCUACUGAUUUAGAACCACAGGGAGUCCAAGUAGACCAACCUUCUCGAGCAGAGGAUCAAAACCAACCGCAAAAACGCGUUCUUGAACCAUACGCUGAUAGUAACAGCGAAAAGAGCAAGCCGUCAACAACAAACGAAGAGGACGUUUACGGGGAAACAGCCCCACGUGUCAUUACGCCCAUUAAAUCUAGCUUGCCGAGUGUUCAUAAGAUGGCGAGACAGUAUUCUCGAAAAGUCGCCGAGGAACAGACAGUGGAGAAUAUACGCAUGCGUGCGCGAAAUAAAGUGCGCGACAAGAUAGAGUCGGACACAGCGGUCAGUAAUAAGCAAGACAAUACAGACCAUACUCCUAAGAUAAAAAUUGAAAAAGUCACUAAGGUUUCAUUCACUAGUACUCCGAUCGAAAGUUACAAGCUCGUAAGGCGUCGACGAAGGCGUUCGGGAUCUUCUCGACAUCGCUCGGACGAUUUGCGGCGCCUGAGUUGGUCGGUUGAGAAAGUAAAACCAGAAUCGGAGGAACCACGCAAGACGAGACCCAAGAGUGUGUUCGAUAUGGAGGCCUUGGAGGCUACACUGACAGAAAAUAUGGAACAGAUCGAGGAGGGUCUGGAACCAAUGUUAAUCGAGGGAUUGGAAAAGGAUGAUGUGGUUGUUAGAGGACUGGUGCAGCACUUGGUUAAUAAGUUUAACUCUCACAAAUAGAAACGUUCUGGUCAAAGAACCCCUUUGAGGUUGUUCGGUCCACGAUUAAGUCUUUUGGUGUAAACUUUAUUCGGUGAUUUUGAGUCCAUCUCCCAAAUCAUGGCCACGAACAAGAAGUUAUUUUCUACGAAAAUGCUCGAAUGCUCUUGUUUUGUCAGUUCCAUUGUUAUUUGUUUUCUUGCUAAUUUUGACGACAAGAGCGUGUGGGAUUUGAGGAACACACUCAAGCAACAACAGUUAACAUAACAACACGUUUGCGAAGAAGGAAGUUUAUCAGGUUUAAUGUUAUGAGUGGGAUACAUGUUUAUUGUUUUUGCUAAUUUUGACAUUUUCCGAGAAAGUAAUGACCUCUAUUUGUCUCGUUAGUUAACUCUUUUUGUCAUAAAGUAGGUUGUGUGCUCUGUCACGUUGUGAAUAUAAUGUGCAACGCUGGCGUUGCAAAGACUGUAUCGAUAGCUUUAAAGUAUCGUCAUGUUUAUAUUUAAUUUCGCUGCGCCAACCUAGUGCCCAGGUUCGACUCUCUCAGAAAGAAACACGCAUUAGGAUGAGGGCUCAGGAACAAGGCUGGAUUGAAAGUAUAGUGCAGAAGUUUUUACCAGUGUGAUCAGCGGAUGUAUAUGUUAUUGGAAGUUUACCUCACACGUAACUAGUUUGUAUCAUUAAACAUUCCAUACUUUCGACUUUUUUAUACCGUUAAUAUGGCCGACGUGACUUCAUGUCAACCUUAAAACAACCUAUUGGUUAAUUAUAUUUUACUGUCACUUGCAUUUGCCCGUGAAAAAAGAUCUUGACGAGUACAUUUUGUGAGUUGAUAUCGAACUAAAUUUGUACUUACUUUGACAGGCUUACGCCUGAUCGUACUUGAAAACUAAGUCUUGAGUAUUGUUUUUUUCCUUGAGUUGUCAUCAUUCCUUACAGAAAAUGAAACAGAGCGUGAUGUGAUGUCUCCAGUGGGAACACUCCAAACUUUCCUCCCUUACAGUUAAAAUUUCCCUCAAGAUGCUUUCAGCGCAGAAAAUGACGACUGAACUGCCAAAACUAAUUUAGAGAGUGAUCGUUCUUCAAAACGUGUUUUUCUUACUAGUUCAUGGGAGAUGCAAGUGACAUAAAAACGCGAAGCCAUACGGAAACAUGCAAAAUCGCACCUUGUAGCUGAACCGUAACUGCUGUUCAUUUACUUGUAUGUGCAAGAAGAUUCUGCAUUUUUGCUAUUUGUCCAGAUCUUUCUUUUUCUUAUUGAUACUCAAACAAAUAUAGAUUUCUUUUCUGCCAUUUGUUGACCAACUAAAGAAAUUAUCAGUAAUUUACAUAUCUUUGCACAAUCGAUUUGUAUAUUAAGAAGUGCUGUCAAAUUUCUAUGCCACGUUGGUUUUUAGGAAAACACUUGAGUAGUAUCUAUACCCUCGCUGUAUAGCUAUUAACAGUUAUUUAUUAGUUAAAAUUUCCUAGUGGUAGUUGAAUGACGUAUGUCAGAAACAGUGUUGAUUCUGCUGUAAUCACAUGAAGGAACUGUGUUCUAUCGCUCUAAUCUAUCGCCUUCUGAGAAAAACAACAAUUUUUGUAAAAAGUUCUUCUAAUGAUUUGAUCAUCUUCUUUUUCCACGAAAUAUUAUUUGUAAAUUGCUCGGCUGGUGACUUUUUGUAUUAAAGUCAAUUAAGGAUUGUCUUUA